AUGACCUUGAUUGGCUUUCACACAACCUUUCUGAAUGGAGCGGGGACGAUCGAAGCCACAGUGGUCGUUGACGAGCUCCAAACAAGGCACCCCAAAGCAUUUGGCCCCAACGGUGGAAACUCGCGUGCCCUAGCGAUCGCCAGUAUUCUCUGGAUACUAGGAUCAUUCGCGGGCCCUGUCACGGCUGGAGCACUGAAUGACAAGGUUGGGUAUUAUACGAUGAAUUGUGUUGUUGGUGAGUAG